CUUCCUCCGGAGCCUGUGUGGCCGGCGGGCGUGUGAGACAUGGCGGGGACAGACCUGCUCGGUCAGCUGCAACAUGGACACAUUUUGGCCGACACAGGCUCUUCUGGGUCGGAUGAUAUCUUCGAAGACUGCUUUUCUCCGUGCUCCCUGUCCUCGUCCCCGUCCUCCAUCCCGGCUGCCCUCGCCCAGCCCGGACACUUGAUCUGCAGUUCUUGCAGCCAGGAGAUUUUGGACAGGUACCUCCUCAAGGUGAACAACUUGUGCUGGCACGUGCGCUGCCUGUCCUGCUGCGUGUGCAAAACGUCCCUGGGGCGACACGUGAGCUGCUAUGUCAAAGAGGAACAGGUUUUCUGCAAACUGGACUACUUCAGGAAGUACGGGACUCGCUGCAGCCGCUGUGGUCGUAACAUCCACUCUGGUGACUGGGUGCGGCGGACAAGAGGCAGCACCUUCCACCUGGCGUGUUUCUCCUGUGCCACCUGUAAGCGUCAGCUGACCACUGGGGAGGAGUGUGGACUGCUGGAGAACAGAGUCUUCUGCAGGCCCCACUAUGAUCUCAUCAUGGACAACAUCAAACGAUCCAAGGAACAUGAGCAAUCGAAAAUAGAUGAAGAGGAGGCAGAAGAGGACGGUUCCAGCGCAGUGUCCAAACCUGCCAAGAGGGCCAGGACCAGCUUCACCGUUGACCAGCUACAGGUUAUGCAAACUCAGUUUGCAAAGGACAACAAUCCAGAUGCUCAGACUCUCCAGAAACUGUCAGAAAGGACCGGUCUCAGCCGCAGGGUUAUCCAGGUUUGGUUUCAGAACUGCAGAGCCCGUCAAAAGAAACACAUCACCUCAAACUGCGCCGCCUCAACAAUGUUGACGGUACUUCCAGUUGCUCAAAUGACGCCGCCUCUGGAUGAUUUGCAAUACACAACCUACAUUACCCCGGAUGGGCCCCUUCUCACUACGCUGACCUACAUGGAAGUACAACCUCCAGACCCACUUUUGCUUCAACCCCUGGUGUCUCACACCCUGACACACUUGCCAGUUGGCCAUAAUGCUUCAGAGGCGGUCUAGCAUGGGAGAAGUUCGCCAAUCACAGAGACGACAACCAUUGUUGUGUGAAAAUAUUUGUCAAUCAGCAAAUGCACAGCCUCCUCAUUUCUUUUCAUGCACUUAAAUGAAUUAUUCAGUAACAGGGAGUUGGGAAAUGUUGGAGUAUUGAUAUUUAUUAAGUGGAACCUAUGUUGAAAAUGUGAUCUAAGUAUUUAAUUUAAUUCUGAUAUGAUUAGACUAGCUAUACCAUUUUUGUUUAUUUUUUGGAAAAAAACUAAUUUAAAGUUUCUAUUAAUGUCCAAGUAUAGCACAGCACUGCAUUGAAAAAAUGCACAUUAAUGUUAGACUGUCUCUGUUCCUUUGAAGUAAGUUGACUGGUGAGAUAAAUGUUGCCAACAUGGACGGACGUGCAUUCUCUUACUUUACAAAAACUAUUUUGUAUUUGGAUUAAAUUGCUUUACUACAGAUCAUUUAAAGAGGUGUAAAAAAGAUGUCAAGCACUUCUAAAAUAACUUUAUGAGGAUGCUGUUACUU